UUUUGUGCGAUAAAAAGCCACAUACGCAGUAGUUGUUUUCAUUGCGUAAGUAGAAUUAUGAAGGCAAUCUUUUUGCUGGCGUUCUUCAUUACUUUUCAAGGCAGUUAUGGUUGUGACAAUGGAUGGAUAUCGUUCAACGGACAUUGUUACCACUUCAGUACUGAUUUAGAGUCUUGGAUAGGUGCUGAGGGUGUGUGCAUACAUUUCGGGUCGUAUCUGGCAGAAAUUGACGAUCAUGCCGAAGACAUGUUCAUGCAAAACUGGGUCAACAUACUUGCUAAAGUGUUCUGGGUUGGUGGAACAGACCUGGGCUUUGAAGGGGACUGGACGUGGGCCUACUCGAAAAAACACUUAUAUAAUGGAUAUACUCGCUGGCAGAGAAACGAACCAAGUAACUCAGGAGGGUCGGAACACUGUUUAAAUCUAUGGAGAUAUACAGAUUGGAACGAUUGGCCGUGCUGGCAAGUGACGAAUUUCAUUUGCGAGAAAAAUGGACCUUAAAAUGUGACACCAUCAAUCCCGCUUCAUACUUUGCGGAGAAGUUGAAAUAACAAAAUAUUGUACUGGAAAUAAAUGAGUACACUCUU